ACUACAAGCCUUUCUUCUGAGAAAACUUUUUCAAAACCAAAUCGCAAGUUUGAGUGAUGGCAUCGAAGACAUCCACCGCCAUGCACCAAACCAAGAGUCCACUGGAAGAGGAGACUCCUCCACCGACAGUGGACGUGAUCCACCACGUCGUGGAUUACUAUUUCGGGAUCCUGGAACCCAAGCAGUGGGCCUUUCUGCUCACGGGAAACCCAGACGACAAGACCAGGUACCUGCUGGCGGAGCUGGUUAUGGAGUUAAUGGACCUGAUGCCCAUUACUCCAUCGACGCUAGCAGAAGACGAGGAGAGGAGGAGAGCAGUUAAACCCUGGGAGAACUUAUCGUCUAGUUUGGGGGCACUACCUCAAACGUUCCCCCAAACUCUGGUGGUUCCGGACGAGGUGUUUCGUGAGGUCCUGGCCUCCUUCAGGAGCAUCCUGAUCCGAGUGGCGGCAGCAGCAUGUGUGACGUCCAUGCUCUUCGCCAGCACUCACCCCAAACCGUACGCGCAGUACGGCACCGCGUUCCUCAAUCUGGUCGAGAGAAUGGUCGGUCGCGCCGUUAAAAUGCUGUGCCGGGAAAAGAGGAGACUGUUGCACCAACACCAACGUCUCCACCUGAACCUCAGCGUGGUCACUUCCACACCAAGACUCCCCGAAGGAGAGCAAGAAGAUGUGGAGUCCAGGAGAUCUGGAGACUGCAACGAAGUCGUCCCAGAUACUUCAGAAGUGACACCUGAGCCAGACCAGAGCCGGACGCCCGACGUCCCAGACGUCCCAGACGUCCCUGACGUCCCUGACGUUCCAGACGUUCCAGACGUCCCCCCUGCAGACGUCCCUCCGGCAGACGUCCCUGUGCCUCCGGACACCGGUUCAGUGUCCACCUUUGCCUCUGAGGACAAACCUGCACAUGACCCGAGAGCAAAGGAAAAAGCCUUUGUGAGCAGCGUGACGGAGAAGCUCGUUUCACGGGCCCUUCGAAAGUCCACGGCAACCCCGUCCUCCACUACAGAUCUCCCCCAAGCCGUCCACCAGCGGCUGUUCAUCAGGGUCUGGGACCAAGUGGAAAGCCAAGGUCUUCAAAUGAACCCUGACAACCUGAAGAACCUGGACAAGGCCGUUUACAAGGACACUUGUAAAACACUCCGCUGCUCCAAACCGCACCUGUGGAAUCGUCUUGUCUCAGGACAUCCACCGACCGACGACGUCAUCGCGUCCUCAUUUGAAAAGCACGUGAAGAGACAGACAGAGGAACCUGGCACCAUCAGGAAGAUCCUCACAGCGAUAAGCAGAGCGUUCAGACGUACAGCCGGCCCCCCAGUACUGGUGUCCUAAAGCGCAACAUCCACAUCAUGAUUGACGAAUCCACCGCCGAGCUCAAGCAGGAGGUUACCUGCUUCCCUUCCCCUUCCCCUCCACUGAUUGCUGCUAGUAAGAGAACAGUGGAGGGGCUGGUGACUUCCAUCUGGGGAAACCUCCCCUUCCGCUAGUUGCUGCCAGUCAGAGAGCAGUGGAGGAGGGGGUCAUCUAAACGUGGGGACACCUCCUGUUCCUGACCUGUUUGUGGGUUUAACUUUUCCUCUGCUGGAAACCGGUAGUCGGAGACCAGUGGGGCAGGAGGACGCCUACGAAUGGGUCAGGAUUUGAGCUCGUGUCGUCAUGUCGAUGGACACCAGUACCACCUGACACCUAGAGGGCCAGGGAUCCACUCCCUGCAUCACCUGUGCUGCUGCAGCCAACAUCUCUUCACCUGCUACCUUUUAGCAGA